AUGUCUCUCACAAACGGAACACCGCUGGAUAUUGCUCAGUCGGCUAGGGAAGGCUCGAGAGCGCUUGCUGUCUUGAAGACUGAAGAGCGUAAUGCCGCUCUAAUUACGAUUCACAAGGCGCUAGCAGAUGGCAAGGAAGAAGUAUUAGCAGCCAAUGCUAAGGAUCUCGAGGCUGCGAACAAGGCUGCAGCUGGUGGAACACUUAGUGCAAGUUUGGUCAAGAGAUUGAAUCUUGGAGGGCCUGGAAAGUAUGAAGAUAUGCUCCAGGGCAUUCUCGAUGUGGUGGAACUGGAAGACCCAAUCAACAAGACUACCGCAAAAACACUGUUGGACGACAAUCUCACACUUUCACGGAUCACUUGCCCUAUCGGUGUGCUUUUGAUCAUCUUUGAGGCUCGCCCAGAGGUCAUUGCCAACAUCUCCGCACUAGCCAUCAAGUCCGGAAACGCAGCCAUUCUGAAAGGUGGACGAGAAUCCAGCCACAGUUUCGCAGCCAUUGCGUCGAUCAUUUCCAAAGCUCUGUCCUCGACAGCAGUUCCUUCAAGCUGCCUGCAACUUGUCCAGACCCACGACGUGAUUGCCGACCUUCUCAAACUGGACACAUACAUCGACCUAUGUAUUCCUCGCGGCGGCAACAAACUUGUCCGCUACGUCAAGGACUCCACAUCCAUCCCGGUCCUGGGCCACGCAGAUGGUAUAUGCUCUAUAUUCCUGACGAAUGACUACCCAGCCGAGAAGGCCGUCAAAAUCAUCGUCGACGCAAAGUGCUCAUACCCAGCUGGUUGCAACUCGACCGAACAACUGCUCGUCGAAGAAUCCGCGCUCAACACCACGCUCCCAGUUGUCGCCGAAGCUCUUCUAAAGAAAGGCGUAUCCCUCCGCUGCGACCCUUCUUCCCUCUCCGCUCUUCAGAGCAAACUCGACUCGCACUCGUCUGCUCUGCUACAAGCGGCUGGUCCAGAAGACUUCGACACCGAAUUCCUCGAUUUCAUCAUCGCCAUCAAAGCCGUGCCUUCCAUCGCCGAAGCAAUCUCGCACAUCAACGCUCACGGCUCGCACCAUACCGAUGUUAUCCUCACCAACUCAGAGUCGACUGCCCGUUCGUUCCUUGCAGCUGUGGACUCGGCAUCUGUCUACUGGAACACUUCGACUCGCAUGGCUGAUGGCCAGCGCUACGGCUUCGGCACUGAAGUGGGCAUUUCUACUAACAAGAUCCACUCGCGUGGACCCGUAGGAUUGGAGGGACUGUGUAUCUACAAGUGGGUGAUUGUGGGUGAUGCGCAUGUCAGCAGUGACUAUGGCGCGGGAGGGAAGAAGUGGAAGCACCAGAAGAUGGCAGUGGGAGACGAGGAGAGCGUCGCGCAGAACGAAGAGGAGAAGGAGGUGUUGAGGAAGUUCAGGGCAAACAAAGGACAGUAG